GUUACGUUGGCCAGUUACAUGGACGACGGUAGCAGGACCACGGACGAGACGCGCGCAUGGCGGCGACGGCCCCGCCCUGCCACGGCGAGCGCGAUUCAUGCCCAGUACAGUGCAUACCGCAUUGGCGUGCGCGAAACGCGAGGAAGCGUGUUGCGCUACCUCCACGAGACCGCGCCCGACGGACGCACGUUUCAAGGCGCGCUGUCGCCCGCCGGUCGCUGCGGCGUCGUCGCGUCCUCGGACGGACGGUCCAUGAUCGCGCUCGACUGCGAUGGCAGCCACAGUUUUGGCGUGGUGACGUGCCCGGAAGUCGUGUACGAAGGCCAAGUCGACGGCGACGGCACGCCGAUGGGCUACGGCAUCGGGUCGUUUGCGAAUGGCAACCUGUUUGCGGGGCACUGGGUCGAGGGGCGCCCAGAGGGCCUCGGUCAACUCACGACGGCGCUCGACCCAGACGUGAACGCGACGGGCUACGGCUGGUACGUCGAGCAGCGCGCGAUGCAGCUAUUGCGGGCGCCCGACGCGCCGACGCCGCCACCCGACCUCGGCGUGCGCCGCCCUCUCGAGCAGCCACUGCUAGGGCUCUACAUUGUCGGGCGCGUCCUCGAGACGAACCGGUUGCGCCGAUGCCAGCAGGCGCUCGGCCUCUGGGCGCAGCGCGUGUGUCACGACAGCGUGCUGACGGCGAUCGCUGCACGCGGCUUGGCGUACGAGAGCUGGCGUCAAGCGUACGCCGCCUUAGAGGCAAGUGCAAGGACCGUGUGCACAGGUCUCCGCGCCAAAGGCCCCGCCGACCCGGCGCUUCAUGCGCGGCUGGACGCCGUCCUCGACCGCCAGCGCCUCGUGCGCGACCGCGACGCGAUCCGGUACAAACGAACGGCCAAGGCGCGCCAAGUGCAGACGACGACAACAACGUGCCUCGGCAUUGAGCGGAAUGCAACCGCGCUCCUGCAAGCCGAGCUCGACGACCUCGAAGCCGAGCUCCGCGACGCGCGCGCCGCACAAGCUCGCUGCACCGUCGUCCAGAGCGAGAUAGCGACGCUGCGCCAGACCAUCGAAGACCGCAAGGUGACGCUGCACGCGCUGCGUCGCCGCCACCACCAUCAUAUCCAGCCGCCCCCACCCCGACGCCAAUCUAGCCAGACAACGCUGCCCGACCUGCCGGCACCCACGUGCGAGGAGAUCGCGUUCGUAUGCGGUGUGCCCGGCUGCGCCUGUGGCGUGCCCAAAGACGUAUUCCGGCGCGUCGGUGCUGCGCUCUCGGGGUGCGACUAACUAACUAACUGCAGAAAACUAAAGCACUUGGAUCGAGA